AUGAAUUGCCCACGUACUCUUUUUUUUUCACUACUUCUAAUAUUUUUGUUGGUAAUGUUUACAACCGUUCAUGGUGCAGCUGGUGAUGAUGGCAGGGAUACAUCUGAUACGGAGGGCGAUGAUGAUUCUUUAUUCAAAUAUCUUGAAAUGCUUGAGGUAAGUGACCUACGGCAGAUGUUACAUGAGAAGAAGCAACCGUUUCAUCAUUUACGAUCCAAACAGGAACUUAUUCAUGCCAUCAUAACAUUAGAAAAGAAGGAGAAGCUUGUUGAAAAAUUAAGGCGACGACGAGACACAAAGGCAAGCAGACCGCAUGUACUCCGUGUGGAAUAUUGUUCCGGAUGA